CAUCCUCAAACCUAACAUAAGAGAGUUUCAAGUUUUCAAGCAAUUGACAACUUAAUCUAUGAUAUGAACACACAAAACACACAAACAACUCAACUCUGUUUUCAUGCAAAUAGUUGCGAAAUAAAGCUAAGCUUAGCCUCUUUUAUUGGCCAGUAAAUUACAUUGAAAAGGGGAAACAGGCUGCAAGUGCCCGCUGCCUGCUACACAGAGUUGUGUUAGUAAAGACAGUCCUUUUUCUGUGUAAGUUUGAUGUGAUAAAAAAUGGAAAGAUAUGAGAUAUUGAAAGAUAUAGGUUCUGGGAACUUUGGUGUGGCUAAGCUUGUGAGAGAUAAAGGAAGUGGUGAGCUAUAUGCAGUCAAGUACAUUGAGAGAGGAAAUAAGGUCUUGCUAACCCCGACCCAUCUAGCCAUAGUAAUGGAAUAUGCAUCAGGUGGUGAGCUUUUCGCACGAAUAUGCAAUGCUGGGAGAUUUACUGAAGAUGAGGCAAGGUUUUUCUUUCAACAGCUGAUAUCCGGAGUCAGUUACUGUCAUUCCAUGCAAAUUUGCCACAGAGAUCUAAAGCUCGAAAACACGUUGCUGGACGGAAGCCCAGCGCCACGCCUCAAAAUUUGCGACUUUGGUUACUCUAAGUCAUCGGUAUUACAUUCUCAACCGAAAUCAACUGUGGGAACACCUGCUUAUAUUGCGCCGGAGGUUUUAUCGAGGAAAGAGUAUGAUGGCAAGAUUGCAGAUGUUUGGUCAUGUGGGGUCACAUUAUACGUGAUGUUAGUAGGUGCGUACCCAUUUGAAGAUCCUGACGACCCUAGAAAUUUCAAGAAAACAAUCAAUGUAAGUAAAGCUAGAAUACUCAGCGUUCACUAUUCGAUCCCGGAUUAUGUUAGAGUUUCCAAGGAAUGCAAGCAUCUCUUGUCCCGAAUAUUCGUAGCUGAUCCGGAAAAGAGGAUAACCAUCCCAGAAAUUAAGAAGCACCCUUGGUUUCUAAAAGGCGGAAAGGUCGAAUUUGAACAAGUAGACAAGGAAGCUAAUAAUUAUAUGCAAGUGAAAAAUGCAGAGGAUUAUUGUUCUCAAAGUAUUGAAGAAGCACUUUCUAUAAUACAAGAGGCCCGAAAACCGGGUGAUGGCCCGAAAUUGGAUGCUCAUUUGUUUGAUGGGAGCAUGGAUCUCGAUGAAAUCGACACCGAUGCUGAUAUAGACGAUGAUGUUGAGACGAGCGGGGAUUUUGUUUGUUCUCUUUGAGGUUGGCUUUUGGUCUUAAAUCUCAAUCUAAUUCAAUCUAUAAAAAUUGAAGUUACAUGUUCUGUUGGUCCCUAUUUUUAGAUUCACUGUAUUAAAUAUAGUGGAGUUGAUGUAAUUUAGCUAUCAUGGAAAAAGAUGUGUGUAUUUCUAAUACCCCUCAAUGUAUGAUAUAAAUGGAGUCCACAGACUUAUACAUCAUCUAGUGAAAAUGUAUACUUGUUUGGAAUAAUAAUCUGUCACUAUUUUAUGAGGCCUUCAACAUAAAUA